UAAAAUGUUUUGUUAUAUUUAUAUAUUUAUUUAUAUUUAUUUUAUUCAUAUUUUAUUCAGCGGCUCGUUUGUGUGGCUGAAAGUAGCCGCUGCUCCUCCACAGUACCGCUCUACUGCAGCGGCACGGGCUUUAUUCUGGAGGUCUUGGCCGGAUGCAGUGUGUCGGGGUGUCGGUCCUGAUCGGUCGGGUCUCUCCGGACUCACACGGAACCAUGUCCGCUCUGCUGCUGCUGCUGCUGCUCGGCCUGCUGGGCCUGAUGCUCUGCGUCCUGCACGGCCGGAAGAGGAGAGACGGUGAACCUCCGCUCAUCACCGGCUGGAUUCCCUUCAUCGGGAAGGCUCUGGAGUUCGGACGAGACGCUCACACGUUCCUGGAGGAGCAGAAGAAGAAGUUUGGAGACGUUUUCACGGUUCAGAUCGCAGGUAAAUACAUGACCUUCAUCAUGGACCCUCUGCUCUACCCGAGCAUCAUCAGACACGGCCGCCAGCUGGACUUCCACGAGUUCGCCCAAAAGGUGGCGCCCUUAACCUUCGGCUUCUCGCCCAUCGCGAAGGAGUUACCCGCCCUGCAGGAGCAGAUCAAAAACUGCUUCGCCCUCCUCAAGGGAGACAACCUCUCCACCCUGACAGAGAGCAUGAUGGGUAAUCUCAUGCUGGUGUUCCGUCAGGACCACCUGGGGGAGGACGGCGGCUGGAAGAGCGGCAGCGUCUACGAGUUCUGUAACUCGGUCAUGUUCGAGGCCACCUUCCUCACAAUGUACGGCAGGCCGGCGUCCGCCCGCCGCCACAGCGGGAUGGGCGUGCUGAGGGAGGACUUUGUCAGGUUUGACACCGUGGUUCCGCAGCUCAUCGCUCAGAUCCCCAUCUGGCUGCUGGGACAGACCAAGGCCAUCCGCCACAAGCUCAUCAGCUACUUCCUGCCGCACAGGGACUGGUCCGACACCUCGCAGUUCAUCAGGAGGCGGUCGGAGCUGUUUGAGCAGUUUGCGCUGAAGGACGACGAGAGAGCAGCUCAUCACUUCACCAUCCUCUGGGCGUCCGUGGCGAACACCGUCCCUGCCACCUUCUGGGCCAUGUACUACCUGAUGAGUCACCCUGAGGCUCUGCAGGUCGUCCGCCAGGAGAUCCAAGAGGUCCUGAGACUCAGCGGAGUCCAGUUCAGCGGUGAUCGAGACGUGGCGUUCAGCAGAGACCAGCUGGAGAAGCUUGUUAAUCUGGGGAGCGCCAUCAACGAGAGCCUCCGUCUGUCCUCGGCCUCCAUGAACAUCCGCUUUGCUCAGGAGGACUUCAGUCUGCGGCUGGACGGCGAGCGCUCGGUGGCCGUCAGGAAAGGAGACGUCAUCGCCCUCUACCCUCAGAGUAUGCACAUGGACCCCGAGAUCUACGAGGAGCCGCAGUCGUUCCGGUUCGACCGCUUCCUGCAGGACGGCAGAGAGAAGGCCGACUUCUACAAAGACGGUCAGAAGCUCAGGUAUUACCUCAUGCCGUUCGGCUCCGGCGCAUCCAUGUGUCCCGGCCGAUACUUCGCCCUCAACGAGAUCAAACAGUUCCUGUGUCUCCUGGUGCUGUACUUUGACAUGCAGCUGGAGGAGGACCAGACCAGAGCCGCGGUGAACCCCAGCCGGGCCGGACUGGGCAUCCUGCUGCCCAACGCCGACGUACGCUUCCGCUACAGACUGCAGACGGUCCGACCUGGACCGACCUAGCGGUGAUCCGCGUCCAUGUCCGGUCCCCCGAGAGUCUCUCACCUGGACUGGACUUUUACUGUGAUCAUAACGCACCAGUAGCGUCACGUUAUCACAGUGAGUAAAAUAAAACACUAAUCAGCUUCACACAGCUCAAUAUAUCCCAUAAUAACACACAACUACACUUAUACACAAAAAAUAUCACUUAAUUUC